UAUUUCAUAUUUGCGUUGUUCACAGCAAAAGUUAUGAUUGAUACAUUUCUGAAGUGUUAUUUCGAAAAUGAUUUUGGAAAAUUAGCUAGGGACGGUUUGAAUGACCGUAGAAAAAGGUGUGAAAUAAUCGAAUAUUUCAAUACAAUUGUGGAAGGAUGCAAUCAAGGUAGAUCAAGACAAAAAACAGCGAAAGAAGCUGUCACCUGUAUUUUGCGCUACCAUGAUAUUAUGAAGGAAACUAACAACUCAAUUUGUCUCAUGGGCAAAUUCCACAACGUACUUUACGUGGCAAUGAAGUUGGCCUUCGACUGGCAGGUUCAAGAUUCAGGAACUAUUGCAACUCUUCUGGAGCAGAUUUAUUCCUGCGAGAAAACAUUUGAACGUUUAUUCCUAGGUGCUAUAUUUGGAGUGAAAGCACCCUAUUUGAUAGCUGGUUGGAAGAGUGACUUCUACGACCCUGAAGAAAAUUUGAGAGCUGUUGUUUAUUUCUUGGAUCAUGCAUGCACAGCAAGUUUAGAUUUUCAGAGUAAUACAGGCCUCAUGAGGAUGAUUGAUGUUCCUUUAGAAAAUUGUGGAUUUUCAACACCCUUGAUGGUCUGUGUGCAAUUAGGAUUUGCCGAUAAGGUACAUAUUUUUCUCCGAUUUGGUGCUCUACUUCGAGCAAGUGAAAAAGAAGAAAAUGUUGGUGUUGUCCAGACUAUAAUUUCAAAAUUAUCUGAAUCAGAUCGAAAGUACCCCUUCAAUUACGUAUGUAUUUUACAACUCAUUCUUAGGGUAAUACCUUCAUUGAUACCCCCCCACUUCAAUAAUUUGUUGAAUUGCUCAGAUGAACAACAGAGGAAAAUUCUGGUUGAGAGAUAUUAUUCACUUAUGGAGGAUGGCUUGAUACCAAUUGGAAGAUCAGGUUUGAUACCUCCUGAAUUGAAACAUUUUUGCAGAUGUGAAAUUCGAAAGAACUUAUGGUAUAAUCAUCAAUUGCCUGCAGGAAUACGAGAACUACCACUACCUGAAUCUCUAAAGAGAUAUCUUGAUAUUAUGCAAGAUUGAGGGAUGUUUUUUUUAAUUGUAUCAAUCCGAUCGAAUAUACAUGAAAAAUUACAGCUUCCUCAGGAGA